AUGUUUUAUUUAUCUUUCGAAGUCGCUUGCUGCAGAAGCGGCCCCGCAAGACUUCCUGGUUCGGGUUCCCCGGGUCCGCCCGGGUCUCCACCUUGUUCCCGUCCAGGUUCCCCCUCGUCGAAGAUAUCUCUUUCCAGAAAGCUCACCUUGGACAAGGUAGAUGUGAAGGGAAAGCGAGUUGUCAUGAGGGUGGACUUCAAUGUGCCCAUGAAGAACGGCGAGAUCACGAACAACCAGAGGAUCAAAGCUGCUAUCCCUAGCAUCAAAUACUGCCUGGAUAAUGACUGUAAGUCAGUUGUGCUCUUGAGCCACUUAGGCAGGCCAGAUGGCAUUCCUAUGCCAGACAAAUACUCUUUGGUGCCUGCGGCAGUAGAGCUGCAGACCUUACUUGGCCGAAACGUGGAUUUCCUGAGGGAUUGUGUGGGUCCUGAGGUGGAGGCAGCCUGUGCCGACCCCAUUAGUGGUUCCAUCAUUCUGUGUGAGAAUCUCCGCUUCCAUGUGGAAGAAGAAGGAAAAGGCGUAGAUGCAGCUGGAAAUAAGAUAACUGCUGAGCCAGCUAAAGUAGAAGCUUUUCGGGCUUCUCUUUCCAAGCUGGGAGAUGUCUAUGUCAAUGACGCUUUUGGUACUGCUCACCGGGCUCACAGCUCCAUGGUGGGAGUGAACCUACCCCAGAAAGCUUGUGGUUUCUUGAUGAAGAAGGAACUAGAGUAUUUUGCUAAAGCCCUGGAGAACCCAGUGAGACCUUUCCUGGCCAUCUUGGGUGGAGCUAAAGUUGCAGACAAGAUCCAGCUGAUCAACAACAUGAUAGAUAAAGUUUGUGAAAUGAUAAUUGGUGGUGGAAUGGCUUUUACCUUCCUUAAGGUUGUCAACAAAAUGCAGAUUGGCAAUUCUCUAUUUGAUGAAGAAGGAGCCAAGAUUGUUGAAGAUUUGAUGGCUAAGGCUGAGAAGAAGGGUGUGAAACUAACUCUACCAGUAGACUUUGUCACUGCAGAUAAAUUUGAUGAGAAUGCCAGUUCUGGUCAAGCCACUGUGCAGUCUGGCAUACCUGAUGGAUGGAUGGGUUUGGACUGUGGUCCAGAGAGCAGCAAGAAAUUUGCUGAAGUAGUAGCUCGGGCUAAACUAAUUGUGUGGAAUGGUCCUGUUGGAGUAUUUGAGUGGGAAAAUUUUGCACAGGGAACCAAAGAGCUAAUGAGCAAUGUGGUAGAGGCCACCUCUAAGGGCUGCAUCACAAUCAUAGGUGGUGGUGAUACUGCUACUUGCUGUGCCAAAUGGAACACUGAAGAUAAGGUCAGCCAUGUGAGCACUGGAGGUGGUGCCAGUCUAGAGCUUCUGGAAGGCAAAAUCCUACCUGGAGUGGAAGCACUGAGCAAUAUCUAAUAGAUGGAGUUUUCUUGCCUAUUGGUUCCUGUAACAUAGUUCUUAAGACUACAGGACCGUACUUUAACUUCCUUAAAUUCUAAACACAUUGUUGUGAUUUGUAAUCUAUA